GCAAACAGUGGAAUGCGCAGUCCACAUCGAUUGAGGAUAGAAGCUUUUCAAAGUUGAACAUUACUCGAGCUCUAAACAUGCUGCGAGUUUUUAAGGUAGCGAUGGUCAUUCUUGGAGUUCUAGCUUUGCCUCUUGUUCUGGGGAAAGCUAAACACCAGCUUCAGCACGAGAUACCAGAUGCAGCAAAGGUAUUCCAUGGAUUCCGCAGUGGCUUAGCGUUAUUUGAUGUGGACAACGAUGGUGACCUUGACUGUGUCUCUACGAUAACUGAAGACUACGACGAGAGCGUACCGAGCAUUACAUAUGUGUGGCUCCUCAAAGGCGUGAACGGGCACGAAGCGAAAAACAUAUCCUAUUAUGUACGUUCUGGCAACGCCCCUGAUGAGUUCUUGUUCAAAGACAAAAAUGAUAACAAGCCUUUACAAAUCGGCAGAUACGUCUACUCGGACUACAAGGACUGCCUUAUUUUAGAAAUGCCUUACGGGAGCUCGCAAGAAUGCAUGUUAUGGAUAUCUUGGGAAGUAAAGAACAACAUACCGAAAGUGUGCAUGGAUCAACUCGAAGACAACUGUGAAGGAUCGAAGCUUUCUUUCGACGAAGCCACCUGCAGCCCCUUUUUUAAGCAAACUAAUAAAAAAGGAUAACAACAAUAAAA